UCCUGGCAUUUCUCGGUAGUUUUUUGUGCUGCCUGCAAAUUGCAGUGCACUGCCAUUAACUUGAAAUUCCACGGAAAUGUUCAGUGCUGUUUACAGACAAAAAUCCCUAUUUUCAUGCAGUCGACCGUUCAGGUUCUUCAGGCUUCCACUGAUUUCCAGGUUCAUCGGGCUCCAUCUACUUCUACCGAUCCUUCAGCUCCACAGACCUCAGAGAGUGCAUCAUCUCCUCUGGUUCCCCACGGUCCAGAGGUACGUCCUCUUCCUCCUGGCAGGAUAAAGCGCUUCGUGACCUCGCGAUGCAGCACCUCCAGGAGUUCCUCCACUUCCAGCAGCAGCAGCAGCGGGAGAAGCAGGACCAGAACCCGGAAUAGAUCCAGGAGCAGUCAAAGAUCCUGCCCGAACGGUGGUCAAAGGGAGCGUCUGAAAGGAGGCAGGAGGAGGGUGUCUGUGAGAAGAGAGAAGAGACGGAAGAGAACCUGAUGACAGCAGUCACAUUUUCUGCUGCAAAUGAACUUUUCUACGCUGCAUCCACAUUUGUAUCAGCAUUGAAAGGUUGUAAUUACAUUUGAGGUGUUUUGUUAGGUUUGUUGUUUCUCGGUCAAAGUAAUAUUUUAAACAAGGUGUGACAUUAAAGUGACCAUGGCUGAAAAUGCAAGCGACCGGUCGAAUGAAUUACAAACCUUAAACCAAGAACUUUUUGAUGUGGAGGAACUUGUUGAUCCUCAUUCCAUCACACCCAGUGAUUUUCACGAUUUAUUAAAUGAUGUAGAGAGCAAUGACUCGCAUUUUCAUAAUUUACUAAAUGGAAACCCUCAGUCCAGCACAGCUGUUGAUUUCCACGAUUUAUUAAAUGAUGUAGAUGCCUCACCACCACUGUCGUGUUGUUAGGCAUAGGUAAUCAAGCGACACAUUUGUAGAGCUUCAGAACACUUUUUAUAUGCAUCUGGUUCAAAGCCAUUCACAUUACAACACAAGCUCCGGCACAUAACAACGGGCACUUCCUGGUGGGCCUUUCACAAUAAAACAGCUAACACCACAUCCCCCUU